AUGUCAAGGAUGCUCGCCAACCUCUUGAAUCGGGAGGAACGUUCGCCUCUACCCUUACCCCCACCUCGCGCUUCCUCACCUGACAUUGUCAUGCUCAGUCAUCCUCCCCCAAAACCAACUUCUAACAAAAGUUCAUCCAGAUCAUCCAGAUCACCAGUGAAACCAUCACCCCCAGAAAGUUCAGGGUCUUAUUCUACCCCUUUACCCACAACAUCUUCCCCCGAGGCCCACAUGUCUUCUCCGAUCCGACCUCGAGUAGAAAUUUCACGUCUGCAAACAUCUUCCACUGCUCCUAGCACACCGUCAGGCUUCCCACAAAUGGCUAGAACGGAUGGUGAUAUCAGCAUGGCGGAGACGGUCGACGAUGAUGACGAGCAAGGAGGAGAAGGGGACGAGGAAGGUGAAAGUGACGAAGAAGAAGAACCUGUAGAGGGAGUUGAUGCGGAGGAAGGUUCAGAUGAGGAUGAUGACGACGAAGAGGAGGGAGAAGAUGAUGAUGAAGAAACCGAGGUGGGCAGUGAAGAUUUGGACUCUGAUCUGGACAUCCUCACUGUUCGUGAACCGGGAGGAUCUGCGCCUCCUAUCGUUGGUGAGGAGAAGCCAGAAGAAGGUUCACUCCCACCUGCCGGAGAAGGAGAAGCAAUACCGAUGGAAGCUGAGGCUGUUAAGACAUUAGUCCCCAAGAAGCGGAAGGCUAGACGAAGGUCCAUGUCGGAAGAUGAAGAUUUACCACCCCCACCUCCACCAAUGAGGACCAUCCGUCUGAAAAAGGUGCUUCCUCUGGAUGGCCAGACAUUGAUGUGGAAUAUCCUCGAAGAUGCUCGGGAAAGAGGGAUGGUGGAUGUCUGGAUACCACCGGAAGAGAAGGAAGAUGGACCCUCGAGACCAAACGAAUCAGCCAUUCUCACCACCGACCCUUUAGGAAGUGUGCCAGGACUGGAGGUAGAUGAACAGAAGGCUGCAGAGGAGCUCGCACGGCAGUUGGAGGAGAGAUAUGCUGAGAAACCCAAGAGAAAGAAGAAGAAAGCUGCGUCGAAAAAGACGGAAGAGUACAAUCUCGACGACCCAUUCAUCGAUGAUUCAGAAUUGCUGAUUGACGCUCCCACACACUUCGGUCGGCCAAAGAAAGAAGGGUUUUAUGUACAUUCUGGAAAAUUAGAGUUAUUGGAAGAAUCACCUGUCAAGCCCAAGGCCAAGCCUGGACCUAGGAAAAGUGGGAAGAUCACGAGUGGACCGAGAAGAAGUUUGGCAGAAGCGACGGCUCUCAGGUUAUAUGGUCCUCCAGCCUCACAAGGAGAAGGAACACCAGCCUCUCCCAUACAAAUUGACGAUGAAGAAGAUGGACCCAGCACGUCGUAUUCACCUGUAAAGCCACUACCUCCUCCGCCUCUAACAGGGGAAAUCAACAUUGACAGAUCAUUGUAUAAACAUGCCUCACGAGAUUUGCGAUUCUUACCUCCCUUCCCAGGUUUCCCAGUAGAAGUAAGAGAGAGACUUCGUAUCCUUCGGGAAGAAAGCUCAAAGCACCCAUGGGACGUAGCGAGCAAAGGAAAAUUCCCGGAACAUCUAAAAGAACCACUUCGUCUAGCUGGACAAGCUGCUUUCCGACAUAAUAUGUUCAAUGAUAGAGAAGACGACAAACCCUUCUUUCUCGCUUUACCCAGUCUUCUACCUUAUAACAAUUUUACGCUAACAAAAUUAGUUGUGAGAUUAUGUCAUGAAGAAUAUUGGAACUUUCUACAAGAAUGUGAAAAGACAGGAUUGGAACAACUUCAGACUAUGGUAGAUGAAGAGAAGGGGAUAUGGGUGAUGAAGUUUGAAGAAAGUCGACAAAUGUACGAGACGGCGGUGAAAGAAUACGAUGAGAAACAAACUGGUGUUGUCAAUAACGAACAUGAUCAGGACUCAUCUACGAUACCAUCGUUUCCUAAUGGUGAUGAAGAUGUCCCUGCUGGACCCGGUGAAAGACCUAGAGAACCGACGAAGAAGUUUUCUUGGACACCGGAUAUGCGAACGGUUCUAGAUCAAUUGUUGGACAAUAUGCAAGAUAUGUUAGAUUUGAAUAAACGAUUAGCCGAAUGGAAUGUCUCGACGGCCAGAUCAAAAGAUAGGGAAUGGACGGAAACUGCAACUAAAAGCCGAUUAUACAAAAAGGCAUGUCAUUUCUUCUUACCGACCCUCACUUCAUACAUCACACAAUCUCAUUAUCUCAUUGUGGAUUGUUUCCCAGAAGGGUUCGCAAGUAGUAACACUGUAUCUCGAGAGAUGACCAAGGUGAAAAGAACGAAAGAUAAAGCUCAAACAGGUGGAGAAUAA